UUUCGAGUCAGUUUACUCCUGCACGAGGUCCCACAAACGAUCUGAAUGUCACGCAACGACAGCCAUUAGCCAGAAAUGGAAAACAUUUACCGAUUUAAAAAGAGAAUGGUGUACCCUGAAAAGUUAAUUCUUGACCAAGUAGGUGCUGACAAAUCAACUGCUCCUACGUCCUGGUGCAAUGAACCCUUGGAAAACAGCAGCAAUUUUAUCAAUGUAAAAUCAAAUGGCGCAAAAACACGAUACCAAAAUGUGAUGGGGAAGAGAAUGGAUUCUGCAUCCACAGAAAAUUCUGAGAAUCAUCAAUUUAUACAAGAUAGAAUCAGGCAUUUAGUGGAUGCGUUUUCAACAAGGGCACAUGCUGCAAGACAGCGUCUUGAGGCACCUGAAACUCCAUCUUCUUUAAGUUCUUCGGCAGAAAUAGAAGGCACUCCAAGUCCAGUAAAUUCGAAACCCAGGCUAAGCAUAUCGUUCUCAGAUAGAUACAUCAACGAAGACGAACCAGAAAUUAAAAUCACUUCUGCAGGGUGUUUGGGAAAAUUUCUCGAUCAUAUUGACAUAAUUGAUCCCAACGGACGGACGUAUAUUUUAUGGAUGUGGGUGGUUACUUUAGCUGUACUUUAUAAUGUUUGGGUAAUUCCUCUAAGAUCGACAUUUCCCUAUCAAACUUCCAAUAACAGAGCUUACUGGAUGACUCUCGAUUAUUUAUCCGACAUUAUCUAUGCCGUUGACGUGAUAUUGAUUCAACCGAGAGUCAAAUAUUUACACGAGGGGUUUUGGGUGAUCGAGAAAAGCCUGUUGAGGCACAAUUAUAUUAAGAAUAAACAUUUUAAGUUAGAUAUCGUUUCUUUAUUGCCCCUAGACUUCUUUUUCCUGCUAACAGGACCUGAUUUAGUGAUUCUACGUUUUCCCAGAUUUUUCAAAACGCACACUUUCUGGGAAUUUUUUGGUUUGGUUGACAGAAGAUUGUCUAAUCCUUAUACUAUUAGAAUUACCAAAACCUUUAUGUACAUGAUGUAUUUAAUACAUUUGAAUGCUUGUGCCUAUUAUGCAUUUUCCAUAUAUGAAGGCAUUGGAAGCAAUAGUUUUGUUUAUAACGGUGAAGGCAAUGCUUACAUAAAGUGUUUUUACUUUGCCACAAAAACAGCUACAUCUAUAGGUAAAAAUCCAAAACCGUCGCAAGAAUUGGAAUAUAUUUUCAUGACUUUUUCAUGGCUUAUGGGUGUAUUUGUAUUCGCUCUUCUGAUUGGUCAAAUCAGGGACAUCAUUUCUACAGCCACAAGAUCUAAAACUGAAUAUCGAAAAUUGGUCGAUGAAACUUUGGAAUAUAUGAGGAGGAUGAAUUUGCCGCAAGAAAUGCAACGCAGAGUGCAGUUGUGGUUUAGCUAUACUUGGGAGACUCAGCAUACGCUAGACGAGAAAUACAUAAUGGACUGUCUCCCACACAAAAUGAAAACAGACAUAGCCAUCAAUGUUCAUAUAAACACUUUAAGUAAAGUGAAAUUAUUCGCUGAUUGUGAUGAGGCCUUAAGAAGAGAACUAGUUUUGGAAUUGAAAAGUGUAAUUUAUUUACCUGGAGAUAUAAUUUGCAAAAAAGGUGAUAUUGGCACAGAAAUGUAUAUAAUUCAAACAGGAAAGGUGCAAGUGAUUGGCGGAAAAGAUGGUUUAGAAGUCCUGGCAACAUUAUCAGAGGGAAGUGUUUUCGGGGAAAUAAGCUUACUUGGAAUACCUGGGAUGAAUAGACGAACCGCUGAUGUCAGGUCCUUUGGAUACUCAAAUCUAUUCGUGCUGGACAAGACAUCUUUAAAUCAGGCCUUAUCGCACUAUCCAGAAGCUCAAGAAUUGCUCAAUAAAAAAGCCAAAAUGCUCAUGAAAAAGAAUGCGGCCCUUGAAAAGAAAAAUAAUGCAAUGAUUGUUAUUAACAAUCCUGUUCCACCUGAGAAACAAGUGAAACUACUGGAAACCGUUUUACAAGUUUUGCCUCCUGACUCGAAAUCCAAUAAACUCUUAAGAUAUGGUAGUAGACAAAAUCCAAGGAAACGUCCAGAAAAUGAAAAAUUUAAAUACCGGAAUAGUUUGCCGGCUAUAAAAAAUUACGAGGGUUUAGAUCAGGCAGAUAGUGGUUCAAAUAAUCAGCAACAGAUCUCAAGUAAUAGUAAUACCGAUAUUGAAGUUGAAUGUGAGGAAUCUGAAGAGUCUGAAGAGGAGGCUAAAGUUACUGUUCAUAGAACUUUAAGUUAGUUUAAAUUUACUAACUCAAUUUCACAGCAAGUAUUAUAGUUUUUAAUCAUACUUCUUUUUGUAGAGAAUGUGAAAACCUUGCGUGUUUCGCAUGAACCGCAUAUAAAUAAGAUAGGUAAAUAUGAUAUAGUUUUUGAAGAUGAUAUAUAAUUUUACCAAUUAACAAAAAGGGAGGAAAUUAUGCUUUUUUCUCAAGUAGGUAUUUACAUAUUUAUAAUACCAAAAAAAAAGAAUUAAGAGACAUAUUUGUACUUGAAUUAUAGAGUUUAUCAUAUUUUUGUAGAAAUUUAAUUUGUAUUUUAGACAAAAUAAAAA